UGGAUUAUUUGUUAUGAAGUUCAGCUGGCAUGGAGGUGGUUCAUUCUGCCCCCGAGACCUUCUCCAGGAGCGUAAAGAAGAAAAACCUGCUUCCCCUCAGCCAGCUUCUGGAGGACACCAAAAAGAGUGGAAAUAUUCCCCAUCAUCUUCUGGAAACUAGGGUGUUUGCCAAACUGAAGAGCAACGGUGUAGUCCAUGCCGAACCAUUAGAAGUGCAUUUCAGUGGCUUUGAAGUAGGAAAGGAUUACAGGAAGAAUCUGAAACUUGUCAAUGUCUCUUCUGAGGUGCUCAGUGUCCACAUUAUACCCCCUUUGACAAAGCAUUUCCAAAUUAAGUACAUCAAAAAGUGCAGACUGGUUCCGGGUCUGGCUUACACUGUUACAGUGCAUUUCCAGCCAGAUGAGUGGCGUUACUUUUCUGAUAACAUCAGGAUUCACUGCAAGGAUGAGGAGAACUUACUUGUUCCUGUUCAUGCAUAUCCUGUUAUCAAUGAUCUUCACAUCCCAUCUCACAUUAGUCUUCCCCCAGUGCCACUUGGGCAGAGUGCCAGUCAUGUGAUUCCACUUAGCUGCAGUUGCCCAAUAGACUUCGAGUUUCAAGUGUACUGCCUUCAGCCCCAUAAGGCCUUCACUGUAAAACCACUCUCAGGGAUUAUUCCAGCAAAUGGAAAGACUGCGUUAAAAGUGACAUUUACACCUCUGCGAUACGGUACAGCUGAUAUCACAUUGCAGCUGGUCAUUUCUCAGUUCAACUCUAAACCUGUCAUCUUCACCGUGACUGGUUCUUCAUCUCCAUACCUUCUGCUCAGUAAACCUGAUGGAAGUUUCGAGGAUGACGAUCAUUUUGGUGAAGAGCGGAAGACGUCUGAUGGAAAAUCUCCAGCUGUUACAUCCCAUCAUAAGCUUAAAACGGCUCCAUCCUUGGAGAAGGGCAGCAAGAAGAAGACCAAACCCGAUCCUCAACUGCAGGUUUCCACCACAGAUAUCACCACUCAUGCAGGACUGGUUAAAAUGCUUCUCCAGCCUCAAGACAAAAUGAGAUACAAGGACCUCCGGGAGGCCAUGUCUUAUACCAAGGUUGCAGACCAGACAAGAGAGAUGAAAGAAGCUGCAUUUUUAAAGAAGGUCCGACAAAAAGAGCAGAAAGCCAAACAUAUCUGCUGGCAAGUUGAUCUGGGUGAUGACCCAUGUUCAACAGAACAGAAACUAAAAAUUUUGAAGGAGCAAGACGAGGCUCUUGCUGCAUACAAACUAAAAUACAGCGGUGAGUCAGUGGCCUCUUCAAGAUCUUCAACUAAACUUUCCUCACGGCGAGUUUUGCAACAUGUUGGACAGCUCCCAGAAUGCACUGCUGUUUUCAGCAGCUAUGGCACUGGCCGGCUGGAGGUCAGACAGAGAGCGCUCAGAAUCUUCCAGCAGGCUUCUCGAAAGGUUGUUCUUCAAUGUCGUAUGAACAAGAGACUGGUGUCACUAAGAGAGCUUGUUCGCAAAACCAGGACUCUGCAGGGAGACAAAGAAUCGGAUGGGGAUGAGAAGCCAUGUCUUUUUACGAUGACACCAGAAAAACUUCUGCCCUUCACCUUCAACACAUUUACACCUGAUGACGAACCUGAUGAACUUGCUGUGAAUGCAUUGGGGCAUGUUCCUGUCAGAAUGCCUGAAGCGGAUAUGAAACUCACGAUUCCAUUAUUCAGUCUAAAGGUCCCCCAGCGUUACAAACUGAUGGGUUAUCAGCCGCUGUCUGUCUAUGAUGCAGCAGCAACAUUCAUUCCUGCUGACCUGAGUAGGACAUUACGCACCGGAGCACAGGAUGAGUUGUUGCCUGUGGUGACUUGUACAGCUGUAGAUCUCAGUGAAGAUGAGGAAGAUAAGGAACAAGAGGAAGAUGAUGAAUCGGAUCAGGAUUUAGGUCCCAUACUUAGUUUCAGUGCACCUGAAGGACUCCUCAGACCACCCAACUCCCACCCUCUCCGGAUCUUUAAUCCUGCACCGCAUGUUUAUGCCUUCAAAACAGCUCCACUUUACUUGGAGUGUGACCUGAGCUUUCAUUUGUGUCCACUGCCACGAUACACCGUCCCUAAAGGCGAUGUUGUGGGUGUGCAUCUCCCUCCGACACAGAAGAAAUUUCUAGAUAGAAAGGAUAUAAUCAAAGGGAUUAUGACAUGGAAGAAGUUUCCCUCUGUGGCCUUGAGCACUUUAUCCAAUAUUUCGACUAUAAGAAACGACUGUGCCCCACACAUGUCUGACCCCUUCGGUAUCGUCCUGCUUCCUGUGGAGGCUCCUCCAGCUUUUCAGAAUCUGCCCGACAACAUCAGAGAUGAGAUUCAAGCUGGAGCGUCCGAGAGCUCAGAUCUUCGUCUUACUCCUGAGAUGGUUGAGGCAGAGUUCGGCCUUUCUGAGAGAUCUUCAGCUACAUCUAUUAAAGAGGAUGGACUUGAAGACAAUAGUCUCAGAGCUCCAGUAGCAAGAGUUGCCUCUGCAGAAACAGCCAUGAGAGACUCCCAUGAGCAGCCAUUGGCGUCAACACAGAGCAACAGACUGGGACCAAAAGUGCUGGGUAGAUUAAAAGAAUUGAAAUCUACAGGCAGAGUCAGCUGUGCUUCAUCAAGUGACAGUAAAUAGCACUUUUAUCUAUGCUUUAGUAAUUCUUUCAUUAGUGCUGUAAAUACAUAUUCUGUUAAUAAGCACAACUAGAACAAUGCAAUGGACAGUGAAAUGCAGUGCCAGCUCAGGUACAGUAAACCUGCGGACUUUAGCAAAAUGCAGUGACAAGCCACCAGAUGGCAUUAAAUGUCUGACACAUGAAACUCAGCAACUGUACCUUCAGAAACAGAUUUCAUGAUCAAUAUUUGUAUGGGAUCUUUCUCUUU